GCUUCUUCCCAAACACGGUCUUCACUCGCUCUCGUCUCUCAGCCAAUCAGCGGCCUUCUCUCCGUGCUGUCACUCUCAACUUCUGUAGUCUGUUAGAAAGUUCUGUAUAACUGAGAAACCGUCCUGCUUUUUAAUCAAAAUGCUUUUUUCUAAUAUCGCUUUUCUUUGCCUCGGUGUCCUACACAGUGUGUGGUUCGCGGAGGGGAGCGGCGACGUGCUCGAGCUCGGGGACGCGGAUUUCGAGCGGCGUGUACCCGAGCACGAGCUCCUGCUCGUGGAGUUCUUCGCUCCGUGGUGUGGGCACUGUAAGAGGUUAGCUCCUGAAUAUGAAGCUGCCGCUACCAGACUAAAGGGCACAGUGCCCCUAGCAAAGGUUGACUGCACUGCAAACUCUGAGACUUGCAGGAAGUUUGGAGUGAAUGGGUAUCCCACUCUGAAAAUCUUUCGAAAUGGCGAGGAAGCCUCUAUGUACGAUGGUCCUCGGACAGCAGAUGGCAUUGUGAGCUAUAUGAAGAAGCAGGCUGGCCCAAGCUCUGUAGCUCUGCACACUGAAGCUGAGUUGGACGCUUUCGUAAAUAGUUUUAAUUACAGUAUUGUGGGCUUUUUCUCAGGAAGUGACGUUCUGGGGCUUGCUGAGUUUCUGACAGCCUCCAGUGCUUUGAGGGACAGCUUUCGAUUUGCCCAUGUCACAGACUUGAGAAUAGGAUUCAAAUAUGGUGUGGACACAGAGUGCAUCUUGCUUUUUCGGCCUCCACACAUGAGGAACGUAUUCGAGGAAAGUGUGCUGAAAUUUGCUGGAUCUCUCUCAACCUCUACAUUACGCACAUUCCUCAGGGACAACAUAUUUGGCCUUUGUCCUCAUCUGACCACUGAGAACAAAGACAGUUUAAGUUCGAAAGAUCUGCUUACAGCCUAUUACGAUGUUGAUUAUGUGCGGAAUCCAAAGGGCACCAAUUACUGGAGAAACAGGGUUAUGAAGGUGGCGACUCAGUUCCUGUCGCGUGGACUGAGUUUUGCUGUGGCUGAUCGGGAAGAAUUUCAUGAGGAGUUGGAGGAGGAGUUUGGACUACAGUUGUCUGAUGGAGGAGAAACACCCAUUAUCACUAUCAAGACCAGAGCAGGACACAAGUACAUCAUGCAGGAGGAGUUCACGAGAGAUGGUAAAUCCUUGGUGAAUUUCCUGGAGGAUUAUUUUGCCAAUCAGUUGAAGAGGUACAUUAAAUCUGAGCCUGUGCCUGAAACAAAUGAAGGGCCUGUCAAGGUUGUGGUGGCUGACACUUUUGACGAAAUUGUGAACGAUUCUGAGAAAGAUGUACUUGUGGAGUUUUAUGCCCCAUGGUGUGGUCAUUGUAAAAAUCUGGAGCCUGUAUAUACUGAGCUUGGAGAAAAGCUAUCUGGUGAUUCCCACAUAGUCAUCGCUAAGAUGGAUGCCACUGCCAAUGAUAUUCCUCCAAAUUAUGACGUACAAGGUUUCCCAACAAUUUACUUUGCUCCUGCCAGACAAAAAGACCAACCAAGGCGUUACGAGGGUGGACGUGAGGUCAAAGACUUCAUCAGCUACCUGAAGAAGGAAGCUACAAAUCCACUGGUCUUUGGAAAUCUAAGGGAUGACCUGUAAAUUUGACCUGACAGUGAGAAAGAUCCAGAGAUUCGAUAGACAACAAUUAGAAUCAUUUUGCCAUUAUUAAGCACUGAUUUUUUAAAAUCAGAUAAUAAUUAUAUCUGUUUAAGUUAUUACGUGUUACAUGAAGCUGCUCCAAAAGAAAUAGGGCAUUUUAUAUAAAAUCUUUUGUUUCUAUUUUUAAUAGGGGUUUUUUUUGUAUAGCCACAACCAGCAUAUUGUGUCUACUUUGCAACACAAUAUGAUUGCGGUAUGCCCUGUAAAUUAAUAAUGAAAUCAUAUAUAAUAAUGAAAAUGGCAGCAUAUGUAACAUGUGAUGGGUAAAUAUGUUCCUGCAUUCAUUAGGUAUGUUUUAGGGGGGGCUUUUUUUAUUUAUUUUAUUUUUUUGGUCUUUUGCAUUUAUCAAAAUGCCAAUGUUUUAUUCUAAGAUUGUAAAAAUCACAGGAAACUGUGCUUUCUAAGACAACUCAUUUGCACUUUGUGUGCGUUCGGUGAGAUUGCAAAAGUCACUGUCGUGGUCAAUGUCAAACUACAUUUUUUUUUGCCCUUCAGUAAAUAAAUUAUUAUACCAACAUAAAUCUCAA